AUGGGCCUGUCCAGCUCCGUCUGCCCGGAGUGGAACUCGCAGCAGUGGCCGCAAGCCUUCGCCACAUCGCCAUGGACAAGGCCCUUGUUGACCGUGUCCUUCCGUGCACUUUGGGCUGCCAUCUUUACUGCACACGUCAUCUGGAACUGGUGGGUGCGCGGCAGAGACGACGGAGCAUACCACUUCAUGUUCUUGACAGUGCAGGCGAGCUGGAUCGAAGCGGUUGACCUGGUCCUGCAGUGGGUGGUGGCUAUGUUGGGCUUUCCAUACGUACAGAACCAUAUGGUUGCGCCUGCCGAGCCUUGGCUUGUCCGCAUCUCCAUGGCGCUGAACUGCCUGUCACAGCCUUUGUCGCUGACGGUGGCUGUGCUUUACUGGGUCCUGAUCUAUCCCGGAGGCGAGCUACCUUACAUCGAUGUGUUCCUACAUGGCAUCAAUGCCGGCCUUCUGCUCAUAAACCUUCUCUUGACCCGUAUUCCCUUCUCUUGUGCGCGAGUCGGUUGGCUGUUCCUGUACCAGAUCAUCUAUGUCGGAUGGACUUAUGUCCAUUAUGCCUUGCGCAUUGGCAUGCCUGGAGGCUGUUGGAGAUGUCCAGAAGAUGAGACGGCCCAGUGCGAGGAGCUUUAUCCGGAUGAUGAAUGUCCGAUCUAUGCAACCUUCGACUGGCAUGACCCCGUGGCUGCAGCACGACUAGGAUUUGGGCUGGCUUCAGUCCUAAUCAUCCUUGUUCAAGCGCUGUAUGUCGGCCUGGUGAGCUGCAGGGAUGCCCAUGACAAGAAGCUCGAUCUCGGAGCUAGUGAGACGCCAAGAGAGCUGCCUGAAUUUAUACCGCUGGACCACCUCGUGGUUCCCAGGAUGACUCCCACAGACUUUGCAAGUUUUCUUCUGACGAUCGAAGAUGCUGCGUCUCUAUUCGUGGGACCGUGCUUGGUAGCCUCGGCCAUGUCUGUGCGGGGCAACGCACGCAGACCCGGGAGGUGGCUCCGCCGGCUCCUCAUGGCUUCUGGGGGCCUUUGCCUGGCCCUCCAGGCCGCGCCCAGCUUCACCGGAGUGGCACAGCUGUCGAGGACACUUCCGACACAGAGGUACGCUGCAUCGAAGGGCUUUGGCGACAGCGAGGCAGCUCCAGAGAAGAAUGCGAAGGAGGCUGGUAGUGGGAAGAAGACUAGCAUCAUGAAGAACAAGAAGUCUUCAAAGACGAAGGCGCUGACGAAGCAGCGCCUCGGUGACCUGCGAGACAAGACUUUGGCCCUUCGACAGAAACGCGAGGAAGAGCUCGAUGAAUACGAGAUGGGGAAAGCCAUGAUCGCAAAGUACGGCCGCGAGGUCGCCGUGAUGCCACCACCAGUCGCAGAGCGUGUAGCGAAGCGAGGAAUGGUCAUCGGAGGCUCCUUCUACGCCACCAUGCUCGCGGUGUUUGGAUUUGGAAUCGUCCUUUUCAAGACUCAGGAGAUCAUCAUACCGCCAACUCUCAUGGCAUUCGUGACUCUGGCGCUCCUGGCUCUUGCCAUCUUCGGUGGUGCCUACGGCAUGAUGUCUGCCAGCUGGGACCCUGACAAGGAAGGCAGCGCGCUGGGUACGGAGGAGUUCUCGGAGAACAUGCAGAUCCUGGGCGAGGGCUUCAGAAAAGCAACCUUGGAAGAGGAUUACGAGAAGGCGCUGGAGGCUCGGAACGAGAGGCGCAAGCUUCUGGAGGCCAAAGAGAAAAAGAAAACCGAGCUCCUCAACAAGUGA